UUUUGGUGGAUUUUUUGAAUUUGUAAACAUUGAAUUAUUAUGUAAUUUUUGUUGGAGCUGCAUCAGAGACCAGAGAUCUUCUGUGGACCAUAAUUUUUUAGACCUCUUUCACAAAAAUGUCGGGUAUGAAUUUUCAGAAGAAAUUCAACACUACUCCACCAGAUAAAGGCAGCUUUCCCUUGGAUCAUGAUGGAGAAUGCAAAACCGACAUGCUUCACUUCAUGCGAUGUUUAUCAAAGAACAACAACGACAACUCACAGUGUAGACAAGAAGCCAAAAACUACUUAGACUGCAGAAUGAGAUGUGGGCUUAUGGAGAAAGAGUCAUGGAGUAAACUAGGGUUCAAAGAAUAAUUUACCAUUAUAGCGCGCUGUUUACAAAUUAAAUUGUGAAUAUAUUUAAACUUCAUAAUAUUCUAUGAAAUAAUAAAAGGUUUUUAAUUAAUCAA